UGCUCACCCUCUGGCUCAGGUACAAGCUAUCCUGCCAGUUCGCACCAGGGUGGAUUACAGCAGAGGGAGCAACAUGCAUUUUGCGGUGCUUUCAUGCACUCACAUGCACAUACAAACACACCCUGCUGCACUGGUUGCUGCGUGCAGACGGUCUGUGGUGGAGGUGAACUGAAGAUGGAUCCUCCUCUUCCACCAGUGAUCCCAGCAGGUGAGGGGAGACCCCUUACCAGAGCAGAGUUUCUCUCCUUGUUAACAACAUACAACUGUUACCUGAAGGAAAACACUCAACACCACCUCAGUUACUGUCAGGGCGAUGAAGGGGGCGUGGCUUUGGAGGGUCUUCUCAACAUCUCCUGGGGAGUCCGCCGGCCAAUCAGACUCAAGAUCCAGGAUGAAAAGCAGACACUCCCCAUCACUCACCUCAUGUCACCUGAUCCGGGUGGACCAGUCCUCAGUCCUCUGGAUGACAAAAGGGGUAUGACUAGAUGGGGAGAGUAUAGUGACCUCCAUCAGAUCGAUGAGAUGUCUGAGACCACGUCUGAGACAACGUCUGAGACAACGACCAAAGGUCCUCAUAUCUACGAGUCCACCACCCUUCGGCCUGAGAAGCCCAAACCCCUGGAGCUGGAGGCAGAGUCUAACCUAUUCCGCUGUAUGAGCGAUGCCUCAUUGGUCAAGAGGAGAAGGGGGCGAGGCAAGACGGCUGCGCAACGCGAGAGAGAAAAGCAGCAUCGGUUUUCUAUUAAUGGCCACUUCUAUAACUAUAAGACCUCCAUUUUUAUUCCCUCCUUCGGUACUCCCACCAAAGUCAGGAUCUCCAGCCAGAUGAGAACUCACCAGGUGAUAGAACAGCUACUGCACAAGUUCAAGAUAGAGAACGACCCCCAGGACUUUGCUCUCUACUGCCUCCACCAGACUGGAGAGAGGAGGAGGCUGACUGGUCAGGACCAGCCCUUAUGGGAGCGCUUCCUGCAGGGUCCCUCCGAGGACAUUAUGAAGGUCUUCCUGAUGGACAGCGAUGAACAGGAAGUCAGCAACGAUGUGGCUCAAUAUCUGAACCUAGAGCUGCCCAUCCUAGAGCAGGUUCUGCUCAAACUCAAAGAAGCAGAGAAUCGAGAAAUACAUACCGUCAUCACCAAAUAUCGUCAUCAGCAAAGUUUGAUGUCUCACAUGCUGAGCAGCCAGAGCACUCACAUCGAAACCAGUGUCUGACCAGGAUAUUCACACCUGUUAACCUAACAGAAUAAAAUUUGAAAUAUUAAUGAAUCUCUAUUUGUUUUAUAAGGUACACACAAAAGUGUGUGUGUGUGUGUGUGUGUUGGAAAUAACACACACACAUACACACGCACAAACACAGGCACACGUGCUUAUAAGCACACAAACAUUAGUGAGUCUUAACAGAGAGAUAUACGUGGGUGUGACUAAGUUUGUUUACUUUACUUUAUGACACACACACUUCAUGCUUUUAUCACUGCUAUCAAACUACCCAGGCAUUACCUCUUUAUUCAAUCUUUCAGGUUCUGUGUCAUGAUCUCUACUGUUGUCUCUCAAAGAAGACGAUGUGUAAAUAAAGUUUGAUUGAUUUAAUGAUG